GCAGCCAGCGGUCGUAUUGCAGUGAAGAUCAGUGAGAAUAAACCAAGUAACAGCAGUGUGUCGGAAGUCAAAAAUUGCAAGAACACAAUGGAUUUAGGAGAAUCUAAUCAAGCAGCUGAUGGACCACCACAAACAAUAACCGCAGGACUAGUUACAAGUUCAAACGCAGAAACAAUCGGGAUAGCAUCAAGCUCUGUAAAUUUUGGGGAGUCAACAGUGGGUAUAACUGCACCAUUAAAUAAUAAAAUCUUAAAACGUUGUUUGAGUGUGCCAAUAUUACGCGCUGGUCCUGCAUCCACUUGUAUGACAACUCGAUCUGCAGCCGCAGCUUUGGCGAUGCGCAACGGGGGACACGCAGCUAACCCCAAAGAGACGCUAGCUACACCAAAGAAGAGUCAAACGUUUACUAUGCGUGAUACUAUUGGAGAUGUUUCUUCUGGUAACAAUUUCAGUCAUAAUAUGCAAAUUGGAAUACCACGUUCAAAUCCUUCCUCAAGAGAAGUAUCACCAGCUCCAAUGUUUAAUAUAUUUGCACCAAGAGCUCGUCGUUAUUCGGCUAGUUAUACACCGCAUGGAGCAGCUGGUGCUGCAGGCAGUGCUGCUGCGGCAAGUGGUUUACCACUGUGUCUCACGCCACGAGUUUCUCAAUUGCGCCAAGAGGAGUGCGUUGACAUGGUAAACAGUCGUGAAGCAAAUCAUGAACGUGAAAUACACAGUGCCAUGCAGAUGUCACAAAGUUGGGAGGAUUUGACUUUAGUUGCUGAAAAUUGGUCCUGUAAAUCAGAGGAGCUAAGCAAUCCCUUGCAGGUCAUGUUGCCCUCUGCGACAGCAUGUUGUUCAAGUCCAAGCCCAACAAGUAAUCGCGCCGGAAUGAAGCUUCCUUAUGGCUUGUCUCCAUCGCCAACAAGACGUACUUUCGCUACGCGUCGCUCAAUGUCACCAAUUGCUAUGCGGCCCUCGCAGUUAGGCCCUGUUAAACGUAAAUUUGAGCUGGAUGACAGUGGCCCUGGCAGUAAUUGGAAUGUAUACUCCCAACCACCAUUAAAGAAAAUAUUUACCGAGAGUCGGGGAACUUCGCCUGUUUGUCAGUCACCAUCUUCAAUAUGCCCCAGUCCAGAUUCUGGAACAUAUGAUGGUCGAAUAACACCAAAGCUAUUCAUUUCAAAGUUAUGCACCAACAAUACAAAUAAUAAUUCAGCAUGUUCAUCGCCGAGUAGCAGCGUAAGUGGUGGAAUCAUCGACUCAACUACUACCUUAGGUAUAUGUUCAUCCGCCUCUUCAACGACUUCUUCCGUUUCUGGUGGUAGUGAGCCUAUGUGCAUUGGAGGUGGUAGUAUUGACGAAGGCAUUUCCAUUGCGGACAAUGAUGACAAACUUACAAAUAACACUGUUUCGACAACUAGUAAUGCAUCCGUAGGCAGUGGUGAUACAAGCGGAGGUAAUGGAUUGCAACCAAUGAGCACAGAUAUACAAGAUGAUGCUACAUUAUUAGAUGACAUGAAGAGUGAAACAUCCUCGAUUGGUGGAUGUUCAAGUAUCAGUAUCGAAUUGUCUUCCUGCGAUAGCGCCUCUAAAGCCGCUGCUAGUUUUCUUAAUAGACUGAACGUUGACGAUAUUAGUACAAGUCCACUUGCAGUACAGAAGAGCUUCUACAUAAACAAACAGGGUUUAACAGGACACAAAAAGUUUAUCGUAAGCAGUGGUGAGCAAAAUGAUAGUAUUAACGUAAACACCAGCGCAAGCUCCCCUGCUCUGAUUGUAAACACGGCUGAUGUUGCCUCCACUUCAUGCACAAGCGGAUCAUAAAUAAAACGGUUGAUAUUUGAUUUUCGUAAUAAAUUAGUUAUCUAAUAAUUAAUCAAGAAUUAAUUUCUGCAUAUGCUGAAUAUGUUGAUUUGCCCCUGAUAUUAAGCAAAAAUUAUGCUGGGCUACGUACCUACUACUUAUAAUAAUUAGAAUUACAUACCUGGAAAUUUCUUAUUCGUUUAAGUUUACAAACAUAUUCUAUUUUUCGCCAUCACUUAUUGUUAUCAACUAAUUUUUGUAGAGUUGAGUUGUCACCACAUAUUGAUGUUAUAAUUAUUUGCUAUAAUAUUUGU